AAGCAUUCGGAAAGCAAAAGCCGUGCUAUGGCACAUUCGGUCUCCAACGACACGUGAUUAAUUGCUUCAGGGGUCGAUUAGACAAGCAGUUUUUAAUUGAUGAAGUGCUGGUGGUGCGUUCAAAAAGAUGAAGAUCGCCUGGCUAUUUGUUUCGCUGGCCUUAUUAAUCGUGUCCAUAAAAGGGACUGACGACUUGGACGACGUUUCCUUCGAUGACGACGAGAAUGAAAAUAUCGAUGUUGGCAAUGUGCAAGUGACCAAAUCUGAACCAAAGUUCAGAUAUCCGCAGAACGAAGAGGAGAAACGGGAGCUGAUCAAAAAAGCCAUGACAGCUGCCUUCAAAAGACCUGGUGCCUGGACACAUCUUGGCCAGGUACUCCCGAUCGUCAGGAUCAUGUCUCCUCCUCAGAGGCUCGCCCUCGCGUCCCUCGUCAUGGCGCAGGUCAUGGCAGGUCCUGGAGAACCGCUGCCACCGGUGUCAAAAUCUGAGAACAUCACGUCUCAACUAAUGCUCCCGAUCGCGGUGGACAUCGCCACAAUGUUUCGAGGAUUGGGGAGAGAGACGCAGCCUGAAGGCGGAAGGAGUACGAGCUACGCAGGAGGGAUCAUUCAAGGGAAUCGUGUAAGUACAGCGACAGGUCCUAAUAUCAGAAGGCCACCACCAACAUUGAACGGUAUGAACAGAAGAAACGUCAAUGUUCAUAUCGAUAAAGUCAAUCUGCCAAGAAAAAGGCCACCGAGGCCUGGAAUGAGGAAACCUGCUUCUAACACGAUCACAAUCACACCUUUCAAUUGCACCCUGCUCAAGAACAAUCUUUGUCUUGAAACCAAAGAUUAUCCUGAAGAGGCUAUACUGAAGAGUAUUAAAAAUGAAAGGAACCCAGAUGCAUUCAAGGCACUUUUGAAAGAACCUACUCCGGAAAACAUUAGUUACCAUGAUCCACAUGUUAUUGCAAGGCGACAAGGAACACCUGCAGACCUAGGCAAAACUAUGUGUAGUACUACUCUAGAGUUUGCAAGACCUAAGAAAGCAAGGGCAACAAGUGGACAGUGGAAAUAUAUUGUCAACACAGGGGAUUAUACACAGACACUCAGACUUGAAUUGUGCUUAAAGCCAUUAAGCCCUUGUUCAUUUCUGGCUGAUGAGGUUGAAUCUCAGUGUGUUCAAGUCUACAACUAUCACCGCCUUCUCACUUGGGAUGAAUCAGCUGGGCUCACUAUGGAUGUUUUUAAGGUCCCAACAUGUUGCUCAUGCAGGAUACUUGGCUAUGGAGGGAAUAUUUUCCACUCGUCAACAACUGAGCAACCGAUAACACCAGUUGAAAGUCCUGACAUCAACCUUGUCGCUAAUGACGAACCACCUACUACGAUUAGAAAGCCUCUGACACCUCACACCCCAUCAAACCCUCCCUUAAAGGGUAUUAGAAUAAGACCAUAUUCUCCCCAUAAAAGGAGACCUGGUUCGGUACAACAUAGAGGCCCACCUCUUCCCCUUGAAGGAGAAAGUUCUACAAAAGAGGAUAUCAGGUAUCCGCCUUAUGAAAAUACACUUAGAAGAAUCACAAGAAACAACACUGUUGAUAGAGGAAAAUUCAAGCCACAUAUCUUGCCACCGCCGACACCUAACCAAAGACAUCCUGCCCUUCCAAUAGAUAGCAUGCAUUCAGAUUCCAUGACCAUUUCAAAUUUUUCACCUCCGCCCACAACAACUAUCCCUUCUAAGAGGGUGAACUACAGUUACCACCCGAUUAUAGAUUACUUCCGACCGCAAGUCCAAGAAGCGGAAAGAAGAGUGGGGCUGGACUGGACUCCAAUUGACCGUCCGAGGUCAAUGACAGCAUAAUAAUGUUCCUCUGACUUAAAUGUUGUUUCAAAAUAAAAACGAAAUAAAUUUUUCAGACCAGUAUGAGGUUCACCAAACACUUGAGAAUUGCAGAUUUAUGCUUUGUAAAUAUUUUGUUUGUAUUCAUUAAACUGUAAAG